AUGACGGUGCCUGAGCUGAGACAACUUGUGAAGCAAGAACGACUUGCUUGGAUAUCAUUGGAGAAUAUCGAGGAGUUCUUGUCGUUGUACCAGGCGGAUCGAGAUAGAAGUGCAGUGAAUCUACGAUUGAAGAAACUGGAUGAAGUGUAUGAUAAAUACUGUGAAGUGAGAGUGAAUAUUGAAGUGAUAACCGAUGACUUGGACGUCGAUCAAGGAACGGAAAAUACCUCUGAGGAUGGAGCUGUAGGACAUGCUGAUAUGGUCGAGGCUCGCCAACGAGAAAACGAAGAGAUCUUCAAGGAGUUCGAAAAUAAGUACUUUCGAUUGAAGCAGGCGCUACUUUCGAAGGUCAGUGUAUCAACGGAUGUUGUUGAACGCCGAAGGGAUGAGGUCCAGACUUACCAGUCAUCGCGAACGAGAUAUCCUGAACUGAAGCUACCCACUUUUUCUGGGAGACUGUCGGAGUGGAUGAACUUUCGGGACAACUUCAGAUCACUGAUACACGAUAACAACCAACUCAGUGCGAUCGAUAAGUUCAACUACUUACGCACAUCGCUGAAGGACGACGCUCUGUAUCAGAUCAACCAGAUUCAGGUUACAGCUGCCAAUUACGAUCUUGCUUGGGGCAUUCUGGAGUCAAAGUUCGAGAACCACAAGUUGAUCGCCCAGGAGCACUUGAAAUCAUUGUUCAAUGUUGCUCCAAUGAAGUCUGAGACUUUCCAAGGCCUGAAUCAUAUCCUGAUGACGUUUAAGAUCAACCUUCAGCAGUUGGAGAAGUUGGGAGAAGAUACUGCGCAAUGGAGCACGCUGCUAGCCUUCAUGCUUUCCCAGAAGUUGGAUGAUGAUACACUUCGUCUUUGGGAAACUCACCACAGUUCGAAGAACAUUCCGUCGUAUACAACGAUGGUUGAUUUUCUCGAUAAUCAUUGUGCCAUCCUACAAUCAACGUCGGCACGGAAGACCAAUGAGUUCAAGAAACCUUCGAAACCCCCAUUUGUUCAUGCUGCGGUAUCAAUCAAAAAUUGCACGGUUUGCAAUGGAGGUCCACAUUCCGUUGAGCAGUGUUCGAGUUUUGGCAGAAUGAAGAUCGUGGAUAGGAAGGUGCUAGCCCGGAAGCUUGGAUUGUGUCUGAACUGCUUACGUUCUGGACAUUUCGUUGCGGACUGCUCGAGAUCAUCGUGUGGAAAGUGUGGUCAGCGGCACCACCAUUUGCUGCAUCCAUACAGCAACCCUGUAGGCCAAGGGCAGAACGUGAAUCAGCCCUCCUCCCAGAGACACACGAAAGGACCUCAAGCCGCGAACUCUCAAUCUCUGCAAUCUAAUCAAGCCCAAAACCGGAACAAUUCUCAACACUCACAGACUACACCAACUCCAAGUACAUCCUCGCAAAAUGCAUGCUUACCACCUCCCACCAAUCCUUCUACUGUACACCACACUGCUACACCAUCAAAAACACACCACCAUUCAAACACUGCUUUAUUAUCGACUGCAAUUGUGAAGCUCGGUGAUCACCAUGGAAACACCGUACUUGCACGCGCUUUGCUGGAUAAUGGUUCUCAGGUCUGUUUGAUGACUGAGAAUCUUGCUCAACGGUUGAGUUUCCGAAGGAUUCGGGAGAACAUGCCGGUGAACGGAGUUGGUGGUUCGUGUGCAGUUGCUAAACAAGCUGUAUUAGCUAUAGUCCUGUCAUGCAAUUCGUCGUACGAGACAGGGGAGGUCAAAUUCCUGGUUCUACCGAAGAUUACUACAAGUCUACCGCAGCAAUACAUCGAUACGUCAUCGUGGAAUCUGCCAUCAGGAGUAUGCCUGGCGGAUCCCGGCUUCAAUGAACCUGGUUCGAUCGACGUGAUACUGGGAGUAGCUGUCUUCUACGAGUUGCUACUAUGUGAGCAGCUGAAACUCUCCAGGUCAGGUCCGAUUCUCCACAACACGGAACUAGGAUGGAUCGUCGCUGGAGAGCUACCGGAAACAGCUAUCGUGAGCUACAGUGCAGUAACUUCAUCGUCGGUAACAACUACAGAGGUGUUCGAGGAGCUGACAAAGUUUUGGGAAUUGGAAGCUUGCAACACGAAGAGCUGUCUGUCCAUCGAGGAGUCUGCCUGCGAAACCAUCUUCGAGGAGACAACCACCAGAGAUCUGGAUGGGAAGUUCCGAGUGCAGCUACCAAAGAAGAAACACAUGCUGGAAAAAUUAGGAAGCUCAAAGGCAAUAGCUAGGAAACGCUAUUUGUCAAUGGAGAAGCGACUAGAUGCCAACCCAGAACUAAAGACCAUGUAUACGGCAUUUAUGCAUGAGUAUCUUCAGAUGGGACAUAUGAAGGAGAUAAAGGCGGAAGAGGAAGAAUCAGGUCUAGAGUACUACAUUCCUCAUCACGCUGUCCUGAAGCCGGACAGCACGACAACUAAGCUAAGAGUUGUUUUCGAUGCAUCUUGUCCAACGGAUACGGGUGUGUCCCUCAACGAUGUUCUGAUGGUUGGGCCUGUUGUUCAAGAUGAUCUGCGGAGCAUCCUACUACGUUUUCGACUGUUUAGGUAUGCUGUUAUAGGAGAUGCAGAGAAAAUGUAUCGAAUGGUAUGGCAGCAAGCGUCAGACCAACUUCUCCAUAAGAUAUUCUGGAGAGAUUCUUCAGAGGAGCCACUGCGGACGUACAAGCUCACUACCGUUACGUAUGGUACAUCCUCUGCACCAUACCUCGCUACUCGCUGUUUGAAUCGAUGUGCCGAAGAAGGGGCAGAACGUUAUCCAGUUGCUGCAGCGAUAGUCAAGAAGACCUUUUACGUGGAUGAUAUGCUAGCGGGUUUCCACACUAUUGAAGAAGGGAAACUUGUUCGCAAGGACGUCCGAGAACUUCUGCAAGGAUCAGGUUUCAAUCUGAGGAAGUGGAACAGCAACAAUCCGGAAAUUUUGUCGGAAAUUCCUCCUCAACUACGUGACGAUCGUGAAGUUCUUGAUCUGGAUGAGAAGGCGACGGUGAAGACGUUGGGUCUGACUUGGGAGCCAGCUACGGAUACGUUGCGGAUAAAGGUUCCCAGCUGGAAGCCUGAAGGGCCAGUAACGCAUCGAAUCGUUCUCUCAGAGAUCGCACGGCUUUUCGAUCCAUAUGGACUAGUGGGUCCAGUAAUAGUUCAAGGAAAGCUAUUCCUGCAAGAGCUUUGGCAAGCAAAGUACUCCUGGGAUGAGCUUUUAAGUGACGACCUCCAGUCACGAUGGCUGGAGUUCAGGAGAAACCUCAACGAGCUUGAUGCAAUCUCUGUACCCAGGUGGAUUGCAUAUGGAAAAGAUGUGAUCUCUUGCGAAAUCCACGGAUUCAGUGACGCUAGCGACAAAGCCUACGGAGCAACAGUCUACCUGCGAUGUGUGAACCUGGACGGAGAAAUAACGGUGAACCUGGUGAUGGCCAAAUCAAAGGUUGCACCUUUGGAAGAUCUCAGCCGACGAAAAAAGAAGCAAUCUACGCCUCGUCUAGAGUUGUCUGGAGCGCUCCUGCUCGCCCAUCUCUACGAAUCCGUCAUUAGCAGUCUGGGGAUUGCAGCAACGUCUUUCUUUUGGACGGAUUCGACAAUCGUUAAAUGCUGGAUUUCGUCGCACCCCUCAAGAUGGCAAGCUUUCGUCGGAAAUCGUGUGUCUGAGAUACAGCAUGCCACGAAAGGUGGCGUGUGGAAUCAUGUGCCAGGAAUUGAGAAUCCUGCUGACAUUAUCUCGAGAGGAGCAACGCCAGCGCAGAUAGCAAACAGUUCCCUUUGGUGGAACGGACCAGAGUGGCUCAGAAAGGAUAUCGGAUGUUGGCCGAAGAAUAUGCAAGUUCCAGAUAAACACUUCGACUCGGUGACCCUGGAGGAAAGACCGCUCGUGUCUGCAGUUCUACAGGCACUACCUCCAAGUGAAGUGUUCAUGCUUCGCUCGUCUCUUUUGAACCUUGUGCGUCUGAUUGCCUGGAUUCGUCGUUUUGCGAACAAUUGUCGACAGAGGAGUGGACAACAGAGGAUGAUAGGGUCAUUGACAGCAGAAGAGCAUGAUUCAGCGCUGUUAGCUUUGGUACAGCUAGCCCAGUCCGAAUGCUUUCCGCUGGACUUGGCAGACAUCGCAGCUAAGAACGAGGUGAGACCAACUUCGAAGUUGCACAAUCUACACCCCAUGAUGAUCGAUGAGAUACUAUGCGUUGGCGGCCGGCUGGGAAACGCUCCGGUUUCACCAGGCCGUAGACAUCCAAUGAUUCUGGACAGUCGCCAUCCGCUUACAAAGCUGAUUCUUGUGGAUUAUCAUCAUCGGCUACUACAUGGAGGACCACAGCUGAUGAUAGCUUGCGUUCGAGAGAAGUUCUGGCCAUUAAGCGUCCGAAACCUUGCGAGGAAGAUCAUGCACGAGUGCGUGAAAUGUUUUCGAGCAAAGCCACGUAGCCAUGAGCAAUUGAUGGGAGAUCUACCACUGGAGCGAGUAUCGCCAGCCCCUGCCUUCCAGCGUGUGGGCAUCGACUAUUGUGGCCCUUUCGAGUUGCAACCAGCCACCCGAAAAGGAGCACCGGUGAAGUGUUAUCUUUGCCUGUUUGUGUGCUUGGUCUGCAAAGCAGUUCAUGUUGAAGUUGUGAUGGAUCUCACAAGCGAAGCUUUCCUUGCCGCUCUAAGGCGAUUUGUCGCAAGGCGUGGACGGCCUGAGAUGAUUCUGUGCGACAACGCCUCCAACUUUGUCGGAGCCCGACGAGAGCUGAACGAGCUGCAUAGACUAUUUCAACAACAGCAAUUCCAGGAACGAGUUUCAACGAGUGCAAUGCGAGACUUGAUAGAGUUCAAGUUUAUCCCAGCGAGAUCCCCGAACUUUGGUGGCCUAUGGGAGGCCGCAGUAAAGUCGCUGAAAGGGCAUAUGCGGAGAGUAGUCGGUAACAGAACGUUGAAACUAGACGAGAUGCACACUGUCGUGACGCAGAUUGAAGCUUGCCUCAACUCAAGGCCGUUAACACCGUUGAGCAACGAUCCGCGUGACUUGGAAGUUCUAACGCCUGGGCACUUCUUAAUUCAGCGUCCUCUUACCGCUAUACCUGAGCCAAGCCUCAGCGAGGUACCGGAGGGAAGACUCAGCAGAUGGCAGCGUGUCCAAAGCUACAGCCAGCAGAUUUGGAAACGUUGGUCAACGGAUUACCUGUCGACGCUGCAGAGCCGCAACAAGUGGACAAGACAGCGAAAUAAUCUGAGCGUUGGAACGAUGGUUCUUCUUAAAGAAGAAAACAUUCCUCCACUGAAAUGGAGGUUGGGAAGAGUAACGGAGAUUCAUCCCGGUCCAGACGGAAAUACGAGAGUUGUCACCGUCCGCACGAAGGAUGGGGCACACUUUGGCACGAAUGGACACCUGUUCCGUUAUCGCCAGGGGGCGACAGAUAAGUUAUGUCCCUCCACUUUUCUAUCCAUUCCGGAAUCAAGCCGUGUCAUUCUUCAACAGCGCUCGGGUACGACCGGUACGACUGAGAAGCAGCAGGGUCUGACGGCUUCAUCGGAAGGUAUCGAACGAGGAUCAGUCGUAGGCAAUCUGGUGAACGGGCAAGAAUAG